UAGGCGAGACGGUGAAUACGUCGUUCCUCGGAUUUUCCCGUUUCAUUAAUCGAUUUAUUAUAUUUGUUGAUUAGAAAAGGAACCUGCGAUGGGGGAAAACAUUUUUCUUUUCGUUCCCAACAUCAUUGGGUUCGGUAGGGUGAUCCUGGCUAUAAUAUCGUUUUAUUAUAUGCCAACGCAUUGCAUUCUCGCUUGCACAUGCUAUGUGACCUCUGCGUUCCUCGAUGCGUUUGACGGUCAUGCGGCAAGAUACUUCAAUCAAAGUACAAAGUUUGGUGCAAUGUUGGACCAAUUGACUGACCGUGCAGGAACUGCUUGUCUCAUGAUGACGCUAGCUACCUUCUAUCCCGACUACACAUUCUGGUUCCAAAUCUCCAUGGCAAUUGACAUUACAUGUCAUUGGCUCUACCUGCAUACUACGACUCUUCAAGGGAAGACCUCUCACAAAUUCAUUGAUAUGUCAGAAAACCCUAUAAUGCACUUGUAUUAUACUAAUAAGAAUGUGUUGUUCUUUAUGUGCGCUGGCAAUGAGGCUUUCUAUGCUGCUCUUUAUGUACUGCAUUUCUAUACUGGACCCACUGUUUUGGGCAUCGGUCUCUUCAAGUUGAUUGCACUCAUCUCCCUUCCUGUAGCAGUUGUGAAGGCAGCUAUCUCUGUACUACAUGGUUUUGUUGCUUCACUCAACCUUGCUACUAUCGAUGUUAAUGAACGGGCUGCAUUAAAGGAGAAACAGAAGUAAAUACUACUUAACUUGAUACUCAAUAUUAUAAUCUUGUUGCUGAAUAACAAAAAACCUUGAAUAUUAUAAAAAAUUUAAAUUAUUUAGCUAUGCAAAUUUAACAGAAACAAUGUGCAUGAAAUUAGUCCUAUUUGGCUCAAAUAUUAGUAAUUAAAACUCUUUACAUCUGCCAGUGCCAUAUCUGAGUGUUUAAAACCGUCUAUUCGUACUUAACACGAUUGGCCAUAAUUGCGCAAACAUCAGUAAAGCGCUCUUUUCGUUACUUCUAAAACUUGGCAUGGUGUGAUUAUUAAACAUGAUUUCGAGACUUCCAAUCAAAGUUACAAUAAACUUUGUUAAAUUUAAGUAUACUCUUAAGUAUACUAUCUCACUUUAUUAUAGGUGUCCUAUUUUGAUGGAACCAAUUGUAAGCUCUAAGAUUUCACUGACUAUUCCAAGGUACUGAGAGUUUUUUUGUGUUUAUAUAGGGAUGAGUAUUUAAUCGAACUUUGGUGAAGAAAUAAAAUUGUAUUUUAUUAUCACUCAGUACUAACAUAUUGUGGCCAAAUCUCAAUAUUGUUCAUAAGUAUCUUGUUUAUUUGGUGGAAAUUUAAAAAAUCAUAGAAAAGACUAGGUAUAUGGUAGCUUUCCCAUACUUAAUUUAUUCUUUCUAUAGAAGUGUUCUCCAAGCGUAUUAUGAUAACUUUGUCGGAGUUGUAUGUAUAUUACAAGUACUAAAGUACAUUUUUAUAUUUUGUUGCUUUUGUUUUACUAAUUUCACACCCUCAAUAAUAAAGUGACGAAGUUCGAAUAGUAACAUUUCGGGAAAUGAGAAAAUAUU